ACUGGAUAAAAGUCAGGGCCCUUGCGUGAAUACCCGUGAGCCACGGCAACUGCAAUUACCUGUGGCAACUCAUACUGCGAGGACGGCUGGCAACAUUGCAGGACACCUCCACUCCUCGACAGCCGCAACACGGAGCAGAGAAGGCAAGGGAGAGGAAGUGAGUUGCUGACAGGAUGGCUGCCGACUGGCUGGGGAGCCUGGUUUCUAUAAACUGCGGGGAGACACUAGGAGUGUACCAGGGGAAGGUGUCGUCUGUGGACCAGGGCAGCCAGACCAUCUCUCUCAGGCAGCCCUUUCACAACGGAAUGAAGUGCCCUGUGCCAGAAGUCACGUUCAGUGCCAUGGACAUCAAGGAGCUGAAGAUCCUGGAGAUCCCUGGUGGUGGAGCCCCAGCAGGGCAGACAGACGCGGGCUCCACUGCCCACAACGGGAGGAGCACCAAAGGGCCCGGCAGUGCCCCCAUGGCAGUGCCUCGCAAAGGUGAGCUGAGAGCACAAGAGGAGCUCCUCUCGCCACAGCAGUGUUCAAAAAGCUACGGGGAUCGCCACCUAGAGGCACUCGGCCUGGCCAAAGGCUUUCGCCGGCGGCACAACUCCUGGUCAUCAAGCAGCCGGGGCAACAACCAGACGACCCCCAAGAAGAACGGCAUGAAGAACGGAGGGGGGCUGAAGAACAAGGAUGACGAGUGCUUCGGGGACCCUCUGGAGGAGAUCCUGGACACAGACUUUGACUUCGAAGGGAACCUGGCGCUGUUUGACAAGGCGGCUGUCUUCUCUGAGAUUGAGACCUCUGAGAAGCGCAGCGGAGCUCGGUCUCGCGGCACGCCCAGCGAGCGAACCCCCGCCCGCUACCGGCACGACGAGAACAUUCUGGAGGCAGAGCCCAUCGUCUACAGGCAGAUCAUGGUGCCGCAGAGCGGAGGCAAGGAGUACUGCACUGACGCUGGCCUGGUGGUUCCCAGUAUCUCCUAUGAGCUGCACAAGAAGCUGCUGUGUGUGGCGGAGCGGCACGGGCUCACGCUGGAGCGGAGGCUGGAGAUGGCGGGUGUGUGCGCCAGUCAGAUGGCUCUGACCCUGCUGGGGGGCCCCAACCGGCUCACCCCUAAGAAUGUGCACCAGCGCCCCACGGUGGCCUUGCUGUGUGGCCCCCAUGUGCAGGGCGCUCAGGGCAUCAGCUGCGGACGCCACCUCGCCAACCACGAGGUCCAUGUCAUCCUCUUCCUGCCCAACUUCGUCAAGAUGCUGGAGUCCAUCACCAACGAGCUAAUGCUCUUCAGCAAGACUGGCGGCAAGCAGGUCUCCAGUGUGAAAGAUUUGCCAGAUAGCCCAGUGGACCUGGUAAUAAACUGCCUGGACUGCCACGAGAACGCCUUCCUGCAAGACCAGGCGUGGUAUCGGGCAGCCGUGGACUGGGCCAAUCAGAACCGUGCUCCAGUGCUGAGCAUCGACCCGCCAGUGAGCACACGAGAGCAGGCCGUGGAUGCCAAGUGGUCCCUGUGUCUCGGCCUGCCCUUGCCCCUUGCCGAAAGCGCGGGCCGCGUCUACCUCUGUGACAUCGGCAUCCCUCGCCACAUCUUUCAGGAGGUCGGCAUCAACUAUCACUCCCCCUUUGGCUGCAAGUUCAGCAUCCCCUUACACUCCGCCUAGCACCGUCCUGGCCUUCCCCAGCCCUCUGCUUUCCAACGGGACAGCGGCCAGAUUAAUAAACGGCCUUCAAAACAACCAGAAAGAAAGAGGUUGCAAGUUUGUCUCCAGCAUUGAAACUGUCUCCAUGGUCUCUGCCAUGCUCAGAUGGAGAUUAAGCAAAGGGUUUUAUUGGAGCCGUUCUCUCGAGAUUCUAGCCCUGUUAAUGUGUGCCGUCAAAUGGAGCAAGGAUGAAAAGGAAUUGCAUUUAUAGAAAGACUAUUAAGCUGUUUACAGAGCAUUAAUGCAGCAAACACUAGUUACAGUUGUUACUGUUGUGAAGGCAUGACUGAGGCAGGUGAUUAGAAAGGACUACUUGCUGCACUCAAGUUUAAAUGGGGACUUAUAUAUAUAUAUAUAUAUAUAUAUAUAUAUAUAUAUUUUUUGUUAGUCUGAAAGUGAAAUGAUGCUAUGGAGAGGUGAGGGAAGACGUUGGAACUUGAAUAGGCUGAAAAACAAAUAGCAAAAGUAUUGUUUCAGUGCACUGGAAGCUGUAUUCCAUCUACCCUACACAGCGUUGGAGUCUUCAACAGGCAUGGUUGUUGCUCAGUGAAUUCAUGUAGGAAUGUUUUCCCCCAGCCCUGGCACUGGUUCACUGAUUCUGACAUGGCAUAUUUGCUAUAUAGGUACUAUGAAAUAUUUUAGUCAGAACAAGAAGCCUAAACAGCAAAGAAUAGGAUCACUUUCAAUCACUGCAAUCUCUGAAUCGAGUGUGCUGUGACACUGGGCAGUGUUAUAAGUGAGUGUGCUGUGACCCUGGGCAGUGUUUAUAAGCGAGUGUGCUGUGACACUGGGCAGUGUUAUAAGUGAGUGUGCUGUGACCCUGGGCAGUGUUAUAAACGAGUGUGCUGUGACCCUGGGCAGUGUUAUAAGCGAGUGUACUGUGACCUGCUAGGCUUCAAUGCGCUGCUCAGAUGUUCUUCUGAUUCUUGACACCCACAUUACUUCAGAAUAUGGGGAGCGAGGGAGAGACACUGGCCUGCUGAAGGGUUCUUGACAUUGCUGUUUAUAGCUCUCCCUGUUGGACAGGAAAAUUUCAUGGUACCUUUUAUAAGCAAAACAGAUCAUUUUCUGCCUUCUUUAGGAACUAGCCCUGAGAGGUUUAAAAAUCCUCAAUUCCCUCUGAUACAGACUGACUUGCGUUUGUGUGAUAUGUAAGAGCACUGAUGACAGGCUUUUUUUUGUGCUGACUUGUGGUAUCGUGGCACAUAGAUCAUAUUAAUCUUUCAAGUGCUGCUGUUUGUAGAGUCCCUGUAUUUUUUUUUCUUCCAUACCCAGAUUAAUACUGUGGAAUGUACAGUGAUUCCCUAAUACAAUUUGUUUCAUCUCUACAAAGCACAUAUUGAUGUAAGGAUAGUGCAGUAUGAAGGAUUGUGCAGAAUUAAUUCAAUCAGUGUCAGGCAUAACACAUGCUGCCAAAGCUCAAUUUAAUAAACAUAAUUCAAAGCAAUAAAAGCAAAGAUAUGUUCUCCUGCAUAGUAAAAAUCGCCAUUCUAAGAUAUCUCUUCAUUACGUUGCUGGUACACAUUUUUAAUGCUAAUGGAAACAAAAUGACAAUUAUUACCAAUUGAAGAUAAUGAUAUGAACCAGUGCCAAUUGAGAAUGAGGGACCAGAGCACUUGACUGGGCUUAUUGUACCAAGUGUCUGUUAGGAAGUACAUCCAGCACUCUCUUUGAUAUGGAAUGUCCUUAAAAUAAACUUUAAGGCGCUACUGCAGUGGUUCCAAGAAAUUCAAUGUAUUUAACAUAAUCCAUAGUUUUUAUAUUUGUAUUCCCUUACUCGUGUCAUAAACCAUGAUCCCUGAAGGAUGGUGCUAUGAUUGGAAUGGGUUGUGUGUUUUGGGAACAUGAACUCAAUAGAUAAGACUAACCCUCUUUCCAGAGUGAAAAUCGAGAAAUCUGCUGGGUUUUGUUCCACAGAUUUAUGACCCUUGAUCUGUGAUAAAAAAUAUCAAAACAAACGAUUGUAGAGAUCCAGACAAAACAGGAUGGAGCAAAGGUAGAAUAAAGUGUUUCAUGUAAACGCUGGCGGGUGUUCUGGGACCCUUCAACUUAUAACUACUGCCUGCCUGCUAAAUUCCACCUGGGUCACCUAUUUCAUCACCGUAAUGGCUGUCUUUAAUCAACUGGCUUGAGCCUUAACUUAGUGAAGAGUAUCUUACUGGCAGAACCUACACAUCUUUCUAAAAUAACUUGAGACAAUUUAUUAUACAUAGCUCAGUAGCAGGGUAUCUGAGCUCCAACACAUCUAAUACAGUGAACAGUGCACUGGGAUCUAAGAUCAAUCACAUUCGGUACUUAGUCACAGACCUCUGUUUUAAGGGACAUGCGCUUCCAAUAUGCAGGCAUUAGGGCACUGUGCUGUUCUAUUAUGACACUUCAAGGGAAAACUUUCAAGAAACAAAGUAGACAAACGUUUCAGCUAAUGCCUUCAUCUGUGUCUAGGGAUCUAUUUCCGCUAAUGCCUUCAUCAAUGUCUUGGGAUCUAUUUCAACUAAUGCCUUCAUCAAUGUCUAGGGAUCCAUUUAUAUUUCUGAGGAACAGAUCUUGCAGUACCGUAGGUAAUUAUUACAUAAUUUCAAACAUUCAGUAAUAAUUUAUAUGGUACUACAUCUAAGGCAUCUGCUGUAUGGACUAAAUGAAUGUGUGAAAAAGUCAUUGAAGGAGAGCAGUCUCCAUUAUGUUUCAACACCCUAACGAAUGUUAGCCUCGUCUCUUCAGGUAUGGGCUCUGGUCUUAUUGAAAGGUAGUCACGUUUAUUUGUGUAGGGAACAAACAGCAGUGUUGAAGAUCCAGUGAAUAUGUUUGCAUUCCAUAUCUAAUGGUGCAUGGUGGCGUGCUUGUGCAAAAAAGGGCAAGGAUACAGAAGUAAUAAGGGGUUUACUUGAAGGAUCUUUCCAUAAUCUGUGUUGAAACAGAUGAUAUUUAUCAAUAGGACAUACUGGGGAUGUGUUUAAAUUGGAACUGUUAAGUGCCAGAUAUAAAUUAGUGUGUUUUAUAAGACAAAAGCACUUCAUGACUGCAAAAGCAUAACUGCACCUGUCAUCAUUGCCUUUUGGCAGUGUUGUCCGAUGCACACAUUCACGCACAAUGGACCACAAAGCUACUGGGAUAGCCUCUCCAUCACAGUAUAAAACAUGAAACUAAUGGAGAUCCCCAAACUAUUUUAAAAGCAGCCUGUAAAGUGGACUUUCCUGGGAUUGGUCUUUUUUUUUUUUUGCUUUUGAAAAAGGGACACACACAGACAAUCCAAGUGGCCAUCCACUGGGACUGCACUGGCCCAUCAGUUUCUUCAGCCCCCAGUGUCACAGCAAAGGAACGGGUGAGAGGGCAGCCCUGCAGUUGAACUUUCUGUGUUGUGCCCUGCUGAUUGCCUUUGGACAGUGUUACAGGGCCUGCAAGGUCCCAAUCAGACAGGGCACUGAGAGACUGAGCCUACAUUUCCAUCUCCACCACAGAACUGGCUGGGAAGUACAUCAAAUCUUUUUCCACUAUACAAUUGCCUGUUUAUCUACAUGGUCCAUGCUUUCUUCUUUUCGAAUUGGAUUGACGGUUCCAAUUCAGACCAGUUUUUGAUUUUGUACUUAUGAUACUGAUGGAUCAAACAGGAUUUCAGAUGUCUUUCAAAUCAGUCCAGAUGGCAGAUUAAAAUGUAGCAUGAAAAGCCUGAUUAGGUUGUCUUUGGGCUUGGCGGAUUGUGAACUGUAUGUUACUGCGGUCAUGAUUCAGUAAUGUCAGUACACGCCAAAAAAACGCCUUUUAUUCCACAGUGGAUUCAAAUGUAUUAUUUCAGGGGCCAGUGCUGAUAUCCGCAUCCCCCUACAGAGGUUUAAAAAUGAAACUGCAUCCAGACCAUUUCCAUUACAUAGGAGGUAGUGCUCAUGGGACAAAUCUGGAUUUUUUUCAUGAACGUUCAAUUUAAGGCCGACAGUGGUCAUGUCACUGUUUAUCAAGUGACUACAUCUGCAUUUUGUUAUUGUAUUCUGUUUGAAGAAAAACAAAUUUCAAAGAUAAUUUAGUAGGUUCAGUUGUACUGAGAUUUUCCAGCUACUACUGUUGGCGUGCAUAGGGUUAAAAAAUAGGAUUGUUUUUGUUUUUCACAGAUCCAGUGUUUGUCCCAGCACCGAUAUGAGGAGUCUUAAGGUCUGUGAAGAACUCCUCUGAUACACUCCGUUCAUGUUGCUGGCUGAGGGCAAGAACAGCGUAACUAGUUCACAUUUGUUUAUAUUAAAAUGAAAUAUUCAGAUCUCAAGUAUUGGGUUUGUUACCUGCUGCGCUGUUGCACUUAGCCAGCUACGUUAGCUUUGUUAUUUUGUGUGUUCAUUGUCCUGUUUGGCACAGUUGGGCAGCUCUGUUGUGCAGUGUCGUCUAAAGGUUUCUGUUACUGUGCUCGUAUUGGAUGCAGAACGCAAUGAGCGCCCCUCCCUGAUAGCUCAAAGAGCUUUCCCUUGCUUGUUCUGCUUUGUGGAGAACAAGUUGCUUCCCCGGUGGGAGCCUGGGCACUUUUGAGGAAGUCGGAGGCCCUCCACUGUGGUGAGAGGCAAGUUAAUCAGGGUUUGGAUGCCAGACACAUGCGAAAAUGGGGAUUUCCUUUUGAUAUUCUCUUCAAUGAAAAUAGUAUUUGUAAUAUUUCUUUACUGAAUACAAAAAAGAUUAAUUGGAAUAAGGUAUACAGUGGACCCUAAAGCUUUAAUCAUGUUUUUCCAAAAUGUGUGAUUAAUUAAAGGAUACGUUGGUUUCAGUGAUGUAUCAGAUUUUUGGGGCAAGGCCCUGAGUCCGCAAGUUUGCACCCUACUGAACCAGUGGACAGACUUGCGUAGAAGUGCUUGAAUAAGGCAGUUAAAAGUUCUAUGUAAUGAGAUGUCUGGCAGCUCCAGUACUCCCUGACACUUGUGGAUUUUAAUGUCAUAUUCUUAAUGUAUUUACUUCAACACAAGUACUUGAUUAUAAAUUACUGGACCUUACCAACCCUGUCAGAUGUACAGUUUAAAUGUUGCAGAACUGUGCUGUGAUUUUGUCCUUAACCCUUUGCAGUCCAUUUAUUAAUUGCGCGUCAGGCACGCCAGGUCUAAUUAAUUUUCACACACGCAGUUAAUUUUAGACGCGCUGUUUAAAAGUAUUUUUUUCACAGUCAAACAGGUUUAAAUGGCCCUGCAUAUCAACAAAGCACUCACUAGGCAUCUCCAGCCCCGCCCCACCCUUUCGUUUGCUAUAGCGUUCGCCUAUGUAAGAAAUAAAUAAUAAUAAUAAUAAUAAUAGUCGUACAUACCGAUCGAUCAUCUCCGGAUCACUCGUUUUAUCACCAAACUCCUCAAUAAUGCGAUCCAAGUCAUUAUUUUAUUACUAUAACAUCUCAAAAAAGCUCUGCAAAUGUCUGUGUUUUCUGUGCACUGAUUCAGUCAGCCAACUUGUUUACUUCAGACCGCCCCCGUUAUCUGAUACCUGAUACCAUGUAUGACUAUUCAUGAGAUACGCCUUUUUUUUUUUUUGUUUGUUUUUUUCGACUUGUCUCGGCUCCUGUCGCUCCCACUCGGCAAUUGAAUGGUUUUCUUGGCUUUUUCCAGCGAAAAAACGACUAGACACCCGUUUAUUGCGUUGCUAUAAUGAUGUCGGACCCAGUCCGACAAAGGACCUGUGAGGAAUAAUAGCAAUGUCGGACCCAGUCCGACAAUGGACCGCAAAGGGUUAAAUGUCAUCCCAGUGUAUACCACUACACAUCACUUUCACAAAGAAGGCAAGGUCCAGUAUUUUGAACUAUCAGUGCUUCAACAGCAUGGAGAAUGUAUUUUCUCAACAGUAUGAUAUGGCAGUGUCUAAUGGGCAGUGUUCAGGAUAGUGAAACCUAGGACUGGUUGAGACUACUGUUGGUGCCUUUUACAAGUUUAGAACGAUUUCAUGAAUACCACAUUCCUUUUAACAAAUCAAAUCAUACUUGGGUGGAAAAAAAACAUUGCAAUCCCAGAGGUCCAAUAACUCCCUAAUUAUCCAGCUCACUCAGCUCCUUAAUACUGCCCCACAUUAUAUUAUGCACACGAUAUUUCCACCCCCAGUAAACGCUGGCCUUCAGAGCGGAAUGCCAACCCUAUACUGUAUACCUCUAAAAUUGUUUUCUUUUUACGUCAAAGUGCUUGGAAUAAAACUUUGAUGGCC